AUGCUUGAUCCAACCGAAUUGGUAAAAAACCGACAUCAGGCACGAUCUGUAAGCAGUACGAAAAAAAAUCAUCCGUUUGCUCAAUUUUUAAAAUAUGAUCGACAAGUAUUGAAAUUUUCUGCAUAUUGGGAUGACCGAACCGAAUUUGGUGACGUAAGAAAGUUAGAACUAUGUUACUAUUUAGCUGAUGAUACUAUAGAAAUAAAAGAAGCACAUAUUCGAAAUUCUGGUCGUGAUGGGCCGACUGUUUUCCUAAAACGUGGCCGAUUAGUAAGAGAAUUUCAGGGACUAUUACUCCCGGGUCAGGUAACACCAAAAACACUCCUAAAUGUUCUUGGUACGAAUAUGCGUAACGUACGCUACUGCAUUGAUCCUCUUAAUACGGGAAACAAGGAAAUACAUUAUUAUAAUGAGCGUGAUCUGCAAAUUGGAAGUGUAAUAAAUGUUUAUGGUCGAGCUGUAGUUAUAACUGACCUUGAUCCAUAUACUAGGAAAUAUUUUAGAAAGCGAUUUGGUAUUCAAGACUUUACGCCGUUAACGAUUCCCAACAGAUCUGACGAUUGCGCAGAACACAAGUCCACUGAACGUUUGUUGCCUCCAUUUAAUGGAUGGGGAAGCUAUGAGGAUUCAGUGGGAAAUUGUUUAUCCGUCGAGCCGAAGCCGCCUAAAUCUGAUUUUAAAAAGUUCAUUAAGUUUGAUCGCUACGUUUUACGCUUUGGUGCAAAGAUGUUAUCAACUGUAAAAGCAAAUUGCGAGAGAAUUUUUGUUAUAAGUUACUAUUUGUGUGAUGACACGUUGCAAAUUCAAGAGAUUGCAGUUCGCAAUUCAGGAUUUCUAGGCGGUGAAUUUAUGAAACGCAAAAGGCUAGAGCUACCGGGGCAGGAAAAGUUUUCCUGCAAACAGCCACAGUACUACAUGGUGGAACUUUUUAUUGGAUCUACUAUGGCCCUAAAAGAUUUCAUUUUUCAUAUAGUCUCUGCCGAUGAAUAUACUUUAAUGUACAUGGAACAUCACCCCGAAGAAUUUUGUCAUGCUAAUGUUCUUGUUAUUAUGGAAAAAGUUACAAAUUUCUUAAAGACGCGCAUGGCUGAUUUUAUUGGUACCUGUGUGCCAUCUUGUAACGACUUGGAUGCAAAAACUGAUAUUUUUGUUUCAUUUGAAAGUUUUAAGGGAGCUUUAAUAAAUGCAUUGGGUAAUCAAAUAAGCGAUCAUGAGAUAAUUACGCUAUGUCGUCAUUUUUCUGCUGAGCAAACUUUACCACAUAAAUGUACCAGAUCAAAUGUACGAGCAGCUGCUCACCUUGAACUGAAGCGUUCUUUAUGGAAUGCACGGGAUGAUUUAAUGGAACAUUUUCAUCAUAUAAACCCAAAAAAUUUGCCUUUCUUACCAGAAUCUAAAGUGCGGUCAACGCUUCGCGGUUGCCGAUUGCCAUUUUCAACUGAACUUAUUGAUAAUAUAUUAUCAAUUUUAAACCGAAACGAUUGUAAUGACAUAGAAAUUUGUGACUUGAUGAACUUUUUAGAUGUUUCUUGUGGUAAGGGUUGCGAUAUGCCACCAGUAAACCACGCUUUCGAGCUGUGCCCAAAAAUUCCGUUUUUACACAAAGGCCGGUCAGUUAACUUUACAUGUUUCCUGCACUACUUGAAUCUACCUCUUAACUUGCCAACUGGGAUUAACAAUGAUAGCACUAAAGUAAACGACGAUCGGAUACUACCACCAUCAGCUACAACAAAAACUAACGAACAGAAAGAUGAAGACGUCCACAAAGAUGAUCACUUGAUAUAA